AUGACUCUGCCCGCAACGGCGCUAUACAUUGUGGAUGGGCUCGCUGUUAUAGCAGCGGUAAGUCCCCUCUUUGAGGAGUGGCUAGAGAGGCGUCACGGCGUCCUCACCUACCGCCUGACGCAGGUGCUUACCGGACACGGAAGUUUCGGUAGGUUCCUGUUUCGGAUUCGGCGGGAGGAAACGCCCGGGUGUCGGCAUUGCGUGGAUCACCCGGAGGACACGGUGGAGCAUACAGUAGCGGUGUGCCCUGCAUGGGCUGAGCACCGCCGUGUCCUUAGGGAUGUGAUCGGCGACGGUGACCUCUCGCGUCCGGCUUUGGUUCAGGCCAUGGUGCGGAGCGAGAGGGAAUGGGACGCCGUCUCCUCCUUCUGCGAAGCAGUCAUGCUAGCUAAGGAGGAGGCGGAGCGCGUGAGGGAACGAUCCUCCUCACGCCCCAGCCGCCGCAGAAGACACUCCGGGCGUCGGGGAUCGCGUGACGAUCUCCGGCCACCGUAAGUGCGGGUCUGCGGACGGCGAGCAAGGGUAGCUCGCCGCCCGACCAGAACCAGACCCGUGCGUACGGCGCGUCGCGUUCCGCGCGCGCCUCAAAGAGCCAGACCACCACAGAUGGGGCCCAGUAGAGCUGAUGCCUGAUCCGGAGCUGCGGACAACGUAAAAGGUUACCGGGACUCCGGCUCAAAGCAGGAGAAGGAACGGGGUGGUUUUUAGUCAGUAAGAGUCUGACACUCCCUCCCGCCUCACCCAAGGCGGGAGAAGUCAUUGGAUGAUUUUCCCCCCUCAAAAAAAAAAAAAAAAAAA